AACAUGCUUACAACCAAAUGAAAAUAAAGCCAUGGAGCCAAAAACGGUCGUGGUUAAGUCGAAAUCAUCAAAUGGUGCAACGCAAAGAAAUGAAAAACGCAAUAAAUAUAGCAGAAGCGAUGUUGAAUUCCAACCUUCGAAUAUAAAGAAACGAGGGGUUUAUGUAGAGAAUAAAGAUAAUAAUAUGCUUUUUAAUGUUAUUGAAAAUAAUGAUGCAGAAGUUAAUCGUAAACCUCCUCCCCGACCACGACGUGGACAAAAGAGAUUUCUAACAUCUGUACUAAAUAUUCUAUCAAAAUCGACAACUGGCACUCAAUACCCUGACUAUAAUAAUCCCAAAAAAUAUGGGACCAAACGAAAAACGAUUAGAAAUAAAAAUAUAAAACAAGAUGAUGAUGUAACAUUCGUAGAUGAAGAAUUUGUCGCCGACAAGCAAGUAAAAAAUAAAAAGCAGAGGUACAAAUCCAAAACUCUGAACAGCCAAGACUACAUGUCCCCUAUAAAUGAUAAAUUUGUCAUCCUACAAUCGAAGAAGGACAUAAUUCAUACUCCGUCUAACUUCUCAGGGUUGAGCAAAAGUUUCACUUUGAACGAAUCAAAGAACCCAAUAAGGGAUCUAUUAGAAAACAAUAUUUACAGCGGUGUAGCUGAAGGUAUAGCUAAGGAAAUUUUGGAAGGUCGAGUUUUAGAUAAGCCAGUGAGGAUUCAGGAAGAUCCGUUGACUUUGGUCGCAGAUGUGCCUCCAAAGGAUGACAAGAACAUAUACAAUUUCUUCGUUGAUCUAUUGGAAACUACUUUCGACGUUUAUAAUGUUAAAACAGACAAAGCUGUAAUUAAUAAUGAUUCUGAUGCAGUACUAGAAAUUGACGAAACUGUUGCUAAGAAAUUAAAUUUUAAAAACGACUGUGCAACUAAAGAAAAAGACCACGAUCAUAACCAUGAACUCAAUUUUGAUGUUAAGGAAGACAAACCAUUUGUUUCUUUAUCAGAGUAUAUGCCAGAUGCAGUUAAAGUGAAAAAGACACCAAAACCAAAAAGUGUUAAGGCGAAAUCGUUGAUCUAUCCUAAACAAGUGAUAACUCCAAAACCAAGCAACGCUAUAAUGAGGAGAAAACCACUAUCAAAAGCGGCAAAAAAGAAAGAUUUACUAAACACAAUAAAAGAGGAAUUAAAAAUUGAUUUCUACAAAUAUGAGGAACCGCAAAAUCUAUAUCAAGCAUUACGUAACAUGGCAAAAUAUAAACGUAAAUGCCAAGAAAAGAAAACUAUACAAUUUGACACGGAUAACAGAAAAUAUAUCCAGGAUAAAGAAUGCAUUUUCAGUCAGGGUAUAUUUCCUAUUAAGAAAUUUAGGAAACGAACAUCGACACAUGAAAAACCGAAAGCUGAGAAGAAAUUGUCUGACUUUAAAUAUAAAAACAUAUUGAGGAAGACGCAAAAUGCAGUUGUUAUACCAUCUAAUCAUUCAUUGGAAGUAUAUGAAUAUGAAACGAAAGAGAAUCCAUAUAACUGUGGAAAGAAGCAAUGUUUUAAAUAUUCUGAUGAUAGCGAUUUUGAUUUUGACGCUAAUUCAAUUUUGGGGAUAUCGGAUAGUUCAAUAAAUAUGAAACAGUUUUAUUCUUUGUUUCAGGGGUUCAAGGAUGAUAUUUUGUAA